AUGAAUGAAGAGUAUGAAAUGUCUGAAAAAGACUACAAGAAGAUGAGGAAGUCACAGCCAAAGAGAGAAAGGAUCCUCAGGGAAGACUUUGGAGACCCGUCAGAAAUAGGAGGGUUCAAAGGCCCUUGGAGCAGAUUCGUGGGUGCCCGUGAGGAUAAGAAGGGACCAAGAGAUGUUAAGGAAGAACAAUCUUUGAGGCGAAUUGUUAACAAACACUGUCUAACAGUAGGAAAGGAAAGGUCCAGAAGUAACUAUUUCCUAUCUAUGGAAGACGCAAGCCUAAGUAGAGUACCAUCAAAAAGAUUCCUUGUCCCGAAAGGCAAUAUCAUGUUAUUUCACGAUCAUAAAGACAUGGUUUCUUCUGUUAGUCUGUUCAGAAGACACAAACUCCUCCUGACCUCUGGACUUGAUGGGAAGGCAUACUUGUACAACCUAAGGGCUGGUGACCUUGUGACAACAUAUAUGGGGCACAGCAAGGGUGUAUCCUCAGCUACAUUGUCUGAGUGUGAAAGUAAAUUCAGCACAAUAUCGUUCGAUGGAUUCUUGAAGGUAUGGGACAUAGAAACAGGAAGAUGCAAUGCAAAGAUAGACCUAGAAUGCCCACUUACCUGCCAAUCGUUCAAGGAGCUGGGCAAAGCUGUUUUUAUAGGUGGACUAGAUGGGAGAAUCAGAACUGUGGAUACGAGGAACAGAAAAGCCUUGAAUGGUGCCAAAGAAGAAUCUCACCCAUCAAGGCAGACCACUUUUGGGCCUUCCUCCAUAUGUGACAUUCUCCUCGUCGAACAAGACAACUUCCUGGUAUUCACAAGGAAAAAGGGCUCCCUACAUUACCUUGACCUAAGGAAUGAUCGGAUUGUCAAAACCCACAAUGGUUCCUGUUCUUUCAUUGGGCUUAAUCCUGAAGAAAAUACUCUUAUGAUCACGGCUAGUGAUGAAGUUAUACUUCUUGAUGUCUCCACUCUUGAGGAAGGGGGAGAAAGAAUAAAGGCUCUGGGAUGCUCCACUAGAGUAAAGGCAUCCCCGGAUGGCUCCAUGCUAUGCUUUGGAGACACAAAUGGACUUGUCAACUUCAUUGCCCGAAGUUCUACAAAGGAAACAUCUCUUGGGUCCACGAGCGAAGCACUAACUACAAUCGAUUGGAUAGAUGGAAGCUCCUCAAGUCUUGUGUCAGGGGAUGUGCUCGGAAACAUAAAGGUGUGGGAAUGA